ACAGACAUACAUUGCCCCACCUAGAGGAGUGGAGUCCUGUAGUAACUGCCUUCCUUUAUUACAAUAUAGCUGGUUGCUGGAGUCCAGUGUCGCCAUAUUCUCAUCCCGAAGCUCUAAGAGGUCCUGAGGAGAGAGCCUUUGCGUCCAGCUGAACAUGUCUGGCCCGGUCACCAGUCGAUCUCGGGUUUACCCUGACGUGAACACCCAGAGACCUCGGGAGUACUGGGAUUACGAGUCGCACGUCGUCGAGUGGGGAAAUCAAGAUGACUAUCAGCUGGUGCGAAAGCUGGGCCGGGGGAAAUACAGCGAAGUGUUUGAAGCCAUCAACAUCACAAACAACGAAAAAGUAGUCGUCAAAAUACUCAAGCCAGUGAAGAAGAAGAAAAUCAAGCGAGAAAUCAAGAUUCUAGAAAACCUGCGCGGCGGUCCCAACAUCAUCACACUUCUAGACAUCGUCAAGGAUCCCGUGUCUCGCACUCCAGCCCUGGUUUUUGAACACGUUAACAACACAGACUUUAAGCAAUUGUAUCAGACGCUAUCAGACUACGACAUACGGUUCUACAUGUACGAGAUCUUAAAGGCCCUGGACUACUGCCACAGUAUGGGAAUCAUGCACAGAGACGUCAAGCCACAUAACGUCAUGAUUGACCACGAACACAGAAAGCUUCGCCUUAUAGACUGGGGUUUGGCAGAGUUCUACCACCCAGCUCAAGAGUACAAUGUACGAGUGGCGUCUCGGUACUUUAAAGGUCCAGAGCUGCUGGUUGACUACCAGAUGUACGACUACAGUUUGGACAUGUGGAGCUUAGGGUGCAUGUUGGCCAGUAUGAUCUUCAGGAAGGAGCCCUUCUUCCAUGGCCAUGACAACUACGACCAGCUAGUACGGAUCGCUAAAGUCCUGGGCACAGAAGACCUAUAUGACUACAUCGACAAAUACAACAUCGAGCUGGAUCCACGGUUCAAUGACAUUCUGGGCAGGCAUUCCCGUAAGCGGUGGGAGAGGUUUGUGCACAGUGAGAACCAGCACCUGGUCAGCACCGAGGCGCUGGACUUCCUGGACAAGCUGCUACGCUACGACCACCACGCCCGCCUCACAGCCCGGGAAGCCAUGGACCACCCCUACUUCUACCCUAUAGUCAAAGACCAGGCCAGGAUGGGCUCCACGUCAGGGCUGUCUACUGGCUCCACCCCGGUCAGCUCUUCCAGUAUGAUGACAGGCAUAACCUCCAUGUCCUCGUCACAGCCCCUGGCUAAUGUGGCUGGAUCUCCGGUGAUCUCGUCCCCCAGUGCUCUGGCCACUCAGGUCCCAGCCGCCGCCGGGGGCCAGCCCUGAACAAUGCUCUCUGCCUGGGGCACAGGGAUGGACCCGCAGCCCCUGUCUGGCCGGGCCUACCCAGCCUCCACCGGGCCCAGGCCGGGCAACAACCAUUUUUAUGUUGAGUAUAAUAACAAAGAGAGAGAGAGGAAAAAAAAAAGAUAUUAGGUUCCCCUUUUCUUUUUCCGCACAAUAAUUAUAUAUUGAGACCCGGGCGCACAACGAGAGAAAACUAUUACUUGAGCCUGAGUCCGGAUAAAAACUGUAGCUGCGUUCUUUCAUGAUGACGGUGUCUAGAAAUGCAACUACAAUGUAGAAAUUAAGCAAAAUGGAUAAUAAAAUUUAUUUUAUAUGUCCCUAA